UUUAGGCUUAUUAACACUAUUCAACUUCUUUAUUCACUUUUUCUUUUCCUUAUUGUUUCAAUUAUCUCCAUUCCUUUAAGAUAUACAAUAAACUUUUUUUUUUGUGUGUGUAUUCACUCCCUUUACCACGCUUCUUUUUUUCUUUUAAUUUUUUCUUUAUAACUCAAUUAUAUAUUAUUUAAAAAUGAUUCAACAUCUUUCUUUAAUACUCACUUUAGUUUCGAUUGUAUUCGCUCAACAAAGUCAAUUAUUACCAGCAACAGCUACAGUAGCUCAACAACCUCUUUCAACUACAGAGGUAUCUACAGAUGGAUUUAAUUCUACAUCCAAUAACCUAAAUACACCUCAAGAAAGUUGGCUUCAAAAGAACCAUAGGUAUGUCUUUAUUAUCGUCCUUGUAUUGCUAUUCUUGGCCAUCUUUACAUGGUAUAUCAUUAAAAGUGUUUGUGGUAUGCGUAAGAGAUUAGCAGCAGAAAAUCAGAAUCAUAUCAUAAUGACUCAAAAUGCCUCUGGUGUUAGUCAAUUAUUCUCGGAGAAGGUCUCUGUGGUAAAUGAUGGAUUUUAUAAAAUGCCUGAUUAUCCAGGGAACCAACAACAGCAACAACAACAAUAUAUGCAUCGAUAUUAAUAAAUUUAGUUUAUACAAAAAAAAAA